CCGCCCCCUGCUCGCUCUCCCCGGCCCCCCCGGCCCCCCCAGCCCGCCGGCAUGAACGGCUCCGGCGAGGCGUUGCGGCUGCUGCAGGCCUACGACUUCGAGCACCAGCUGGACCUGCGGCCCUGGAUCGUGGACUACUGGAGGACGUCAUUUCCCAUGGUGGUCGUGUACCUGCUGCUCAUUUUUAUGGGGCAGCGAGUCAUGAAGGGCAGGAGUGGCUACAACCUGCGCCUGCCCCUGAUGCUCUGGUCCCUCAGCCUGGCCAUCUUCAGCAUCUUGGGCAUGGUGAGGACGUGGGGCUUCAUGAAAGCCGUGCUGCUCUGGGGAGGGUUGAAGCAGAGCGUCUGUUUCUCCCGCUUCCACAACGACCCCGUCAUUCGCUUCUGGUCCUUCCUCUUCGCAGCCAGCAAGGUCAUCGAGCUCGGCGACACGGCCUUCAUCGUGCUGCGUAAGCAGCGGCUGCUGUUCCUGCACUGGUUCCACCACAGCACGGUGCUCAUUUACACCUGGUACGCCUACAAGGACAGCGUGGCUGGCGGUGGCUGGUUCAUGACCAUGAACUACGGCGUGCACGCCUUCAUGUACUCCUACUACACGGCCCGGGCGGCCGGCCUGCGGGUGCCCCGGCCCUGCGCCAUGCUCAUCACGGUGCUGCAGAUCCUGCAGAUGGCCGGAGGCAUGACCGUCAACGGCCUCAACUGGUUCUGGUUGCAAGAUCGGAACUGCUACACCUCCCAGGACCAACUGUUCUGGGCCUCCUCCAUGUACCUGGCCUACCUGGCCCUCUUUCUCCAUUUCUUUCACCAGGCCUACUUCCGGGGCCGGGCUGGCAAGACCAAGGGCGAGUGAGGGAGGGCGCCAGCCCUCCUCCCCUCACCCCUUGCCUCCUGCCUGCAUCUUUCCCAACUCUCCACAUGCCGUCGACAGCUGUAGGAGGGAGCCGCCCCGACUCGGUGAUUUGGGGGGCGGGGGCAGUUGCAAGGGACAGGACAGGUAUUAAAGUGGGUAGCGGGGCUGGGAUCACACGGGCCAACUGGUGUUCCCCGGGCACCUACUUCACCGUGGUCUCUAGCGGCUUGUGGACACCUAUCUGAGACCCAAGUCCCACCUCCUUCUCACCUGUCCUGUAUGAAUCCCACUGUGGGGUGGGGAAGAGGGGUCCCAGCGUGCCCGGGGAGGAGGGGGCAGAAAAAGGUCGCUGCAGCCACAGCGGAAUGCCGCAAAACCACUCUUUCCCACAACACUCCACCAGGUGCGGAGCGGCGGCCUCGGCUUCCCCAUUCCCCCGGCCCCCUAUACUCGCUUCAAUGCUUCUCUUUUUAAUGUGAAGGGCUGAGGGAGAGACCAGAAAGAGAGAGAAGGCCCUACUCGCUUUCCCACUCCCACUGGGUCUGGGGGGUGAGGAGGUGUGGAGGAAAUCAGGGACCAGCGAAACCCCCAAGUGGUAUCCCCCACUCUCAGCAUGUGACCCCAAUUCUUGGGGUAAGGAGGGGACAGCCCCAGGCCCCUCCUGAGUUAUUUAUAUUUUUAUCCAGAGGCAUUUCUCGCUUUUUAAAAAAUUUAAACGAUUCACAGAGUCGGCCCCCGCCC